AUCCAUAAAACUAUGCAAAAUUAUCUAGAUAAAUGGUAUUUCAAUAUUGGUUCUACAGAUAAUUGUAGAAUAGAAAUUAACUGGUUUUAAAGAGGGGAGGAAAAGGAGCUUUAGGUGAAGACAACAGUAUGUGUAAAGGCCUAGAGAGAGAGAGAGAACAUGAACCUUUCAAAAAACUCUGAGGUGUUUGGUAUAGGUGGACCAUUUAAAGUUUGAGGGUAUCUAAGACCUUUGCAAAUAGAGGCCAGCUCACGAAAGGUCUUACAGGCCAUGUUAAGGGAAUUUUGCUUUUUCUUGAGGAAAAUAGGAAACAAUUGAAGAGUCUUCAAAGUGGGUAAUAAUCACAUGUUUUAGAAAGAUCAUUCUGGCAGCAGUGUGGAGAAUGGAUUGAUGAAAGAUAUAGGGCCAAGCGAGAGGCCAUUGCAGUAAUCUAAAUGAAAGUUGUGAUCAUGGCAGAGGUGAUAGAGAGCAGUGGGUAGAAUACAGGGAAAUUUAUCAAUAGAAGGUAGAACUGAUGAGACUUGGUGAUUUAAUGGAUGUGUGUGUACAGGAGGAUUCAGUCAGUGAAGAGUGAGUGAGCAUGAGGAGCUGUGAAUGACCCACAAGAAUAGCUGAGUGAAUGGUGGUGCCAUUGAUGAAAACACCCUCCAGAAGCAGUUAGUAUGAGUAUUAGCCAAGGAUGAGCAGUACUAACUCUGUGUUAAAAAAAGUAAUAAAAAUAGGGCUUCCCUGGUGGCGAGUGGUUGAGAGUCUGCCUGCCGAUGCAGGGGACACAGGUUCGUGCCCCGGUCCGGGAACAUCCCACAUGCCGCAGAGCGGCUGGGCCCGUGAGCCAUGGCCACUGAGCCUGCAUGUCCGGAGCCUGUGCUCCGCAACGGGAGAGGCCACAACAGUGAGAGGCCCAUGUACCGCAAAAAAAAAAAAAAAAAAAAAAAAAAAAAGACAUUCAUAGUAGCGAGUAGUGACCCAAAAUUACAUUUUCUAAUCUAUUGCAUAUGACAUUGUUAAUUUAUUGAGUAUAUAAUAAGCAUCAUAUAUUGUGUUUUACUUGUGUUAACUCAUUCCAUCUUCAUGACAACAUAAAAUGCAGAUUAUUGUCUCCUCACAAAGGAGGAAACUAAACCUCAGAGAAGAUAUCCAGGUAGUAACCUGAGUUACAGACAAAAUGAGGAGAAAAAGUUGCAUUAACCUCCGAACAUAGAGGAUUAGGGCUCCAGUUAGAGGUAUAAGCAACAAACUGUUGUUGGUCAAGAGAUAGAAAGAUUAAUUUUCAUUUUAGUUAUCCUUGCUGGUUGGACCUUGAAGUGUGUGGAAAGAGUAAUAUUUGGGCAUGUGAGUGGAGAGCCUUAAAUACCAGGCUGUUUGGAUUUUAUUCUCCAGGUAAUGCCGAACCACUGAAAGUUUUUGAGGGGGGAGUAACAGAAUUAGCCAAUUAUAGCAAGACUUAGAAUUUCAAGUUCAAAAGAGUUUCUUUCUUUCUUUCUUUCUUUCUUUUUUAAAGAGUUCUCAAGUAAUUCAAUCCAACUCUCUCAAUUCACAAAUGGGGAAAACGAAGCCCCUAAAUUUGAAGCUCUGCAGCUGGGGCUUUCAUUACUGGCAAUAGGUUUUUCAUCUGGAUAACUGACAUGGGUGAUUAGCUUGCCUCCAUUUGGUCACAGGCUGAGCUCAGAUCUUGCGCAGAUCUCUCGCCUGCGUCCCAAAUUAACAAGAGUCCUGAUGAGGCCUAAGAGCUGGCUGAAGAAGGGACUAUUUUGAGCCUUGGGAGAUCAAGUAAGGGUGAUGGCAGAGUUCAGAGAUAACAGAGUGUAUCUAACCUCUGGGUAGGGUCAUUCCUUGUCUGAAUGCUUCUCUCUUGGGUUUUGCAGAAGCCUGACCUGGCCCAUAGUCACUGAUGACAGCUUUACUGCAGUGCUAUGUUAAAGCUGGCAUUAUCAAGGUGGGCAAUAUAAGUCUCCAAAGAAGGGAAGAAGUUGGGAAUAAAUGGCUGAAUAAUUGCUGAUGUUGUGAGUAUGUUAGACUUGGUCAUGCAGAUGUCCCUCUGGAGCUGAUAAAUGACACAGAUUCACCUGCAGUUUUGACCCAUCAAAAGAUAAGGUAGCUCUGUCUGAUGUCAAAAACCAUUCCUGAGCCUUUGGUGUCUUUCUUAGCAAAUGGGCGCCCUACCUCCCAGCUGUGCAAGGCAGAAACCUAAAUACCACUUUUGGCUGCUCUCUCCAUUGCCCCUGAUGCCCAAUCAGUACCAAGCCCUUCUAUUGUUUGAAUACCCAUUUGUCCCAUCCUCUCUACCAUGACCUUAGUUUAGGCCACCAUCAUAUCUCAUCUAAGUUAUUGCAAAAGCCUUUCUCUGUUUUCCCUGCCUCAAACCUUGUACCCCUUAAUCCAUUAUCUGAAGCCAGAGAGAUAAAGAAAGCAUCAAUUCUUUGAAAUAAUAUGUCUGUUUUUCAGAGUCAGAGAUGUGUCCAAUGACAGCAUAGAUUAUUUUGUUCUGUUUUCUAGCUUCCCUACAGAAGAACAGUGAUGUCACAAAUAUUAGGGGUGAAAUGACAUUGAUCCACAGGCUCAAGUGAUUUUUUUCAACCAGAUAUCACAAAGAUUCAACAAAAUCAACUAAAAAAUUAUUUGUCCAGUUUGCUAAAAAGCGACACAAUAAUUCUUUAAGAUCUCAAACUCUAGAAUUUUCAGUUUAGGUAAAAGCUUUGCAAGAGCUAGUGCUUUCAGAAGGUUUACUGUAAGAGAAAUUUCAUUAUUUAGCUAUUUGAGAUUAUGAAUUCAGUUUUCUAUUAUAAAAACGUGUGUUGAUAAAGGCAUACCAAAGUCAUAGUGUGAAGGAUAACAAGGAAGAUUCUAGUCAGAGAAAUUCUCCUGAAUACUAAAGGAAAGUUAUCUUUCUACUUUGUCCGGAUGGUAAGGGAAGAAGGCAAUCAAUAAUUAUUGACUGUUUAUUUUGCCAAGCAAGAUGCACAUUAUCUCAUUAGCUCUAGGAAGUAGUUACUAUCAGCACAAUUUUACAGUGAAGGAUGCUUGGGAAUGUUAAAUAUCUUGAUAAAGAUUCUAGAGCUGAUAAGUGGGAAACCAGGAUUCGAGCCUAAAACAUGAGAACCUGCAUUCUUUUUCUAAAAAAUUUAAUUUUAUUUAUGUAUUUUUUAUACAGCAUGUUCUUAUUAGUUAUCUGUUUUAUGCAUAUAGGUGUAUAUAUGUCAAUCCCAAUCUCCCAAAGAGAACCUGCAUUCUUAAGUGUGCAUUCUCAAUGCUUUGAAAUAGAUGGUGCUUUCAAUACUUACAAAUCCCUUAUGAGAUAGUUUUUCCCAUUCUAUAGAUAUGAUUAUCGAAGCUUAAAAUGUUUAAAACUUGUCCUGUGUCACUCAGUAAGGGGUAGGGCUGACACUGAAUCUCAUACUUGUCUACUCUCAAAGUCCAUGUGUUUUCCACAGUGUCUUCCAAGACAGCAUCCUGUUAAUUGUCUCACGUAUGCGGCUAAUAGUAAGUGAUGAUGUUCAGAAGGGACUGAAUAACUAGCAAUAAUCGUAAAAGCUCAUUUUUAAAACUUCAUGGUGUCACCUAUGUGCUUAGCAAAUAUUGUUAAAAUGACGUAUUGACCAAUAAAACGUCAGGAAAUUUCGUAUAAAUUGGCCAAGAGUGUGAGGGCAACUUCAAAACUUGAUUUGACAAUAUUCACUAUAUCAGACUCUCAUUAAAUUCCCAGCAAAAUGAGGGGUUUCAUUUUUACUUUGUUUCUCUUCUCUCUCCUGCUUGCCAUCUCAGAAGUGAAGAGUGAAGAAUCCAGGAAGCUCUGCGGGCUCGAGUACAUACGAACUGUCAUUUACAUCUGUGCCAGCUCCUGGUGGAGAAAGCACCUGGAGUCGAACCCACAAGGUCAGCAAGCUGAGAGAGGAAACCGCUUCCAGCUGCCUAAUGAACAGGAGAUUUCCGAGGAAAACCCAGUGCAAAACCUUCCAAAGACGGAUUCCUCGGGGGAAGAAAGUCUUCAGGGUGAACAGCUGCCCACGGAAGGGCUUCAGAGGUCAAAGAAGUAUUCGGUGAUGUCAAGACAAGACUUGCAAAAGUUGUGCUGCACCGAAGUCUGUCCAUGUCUGACUUGAGCGCUCUUUGUUAAGACAAACAAAUCCCCAAGGGUGGCAGAGUUUUAGCACACGUUUAAUCACAGUGUUUUACUUCCCAGAACAAUACUCAUAUUGUGUCAUUAAACUAAUGUCUUUUGGGUAGGCAAUCCUUUCCUAAAUGUUGUAGAUGGUUGGCUAAAACCACAACGAGGUCUAGUUUCUCCCAUUGCCAAGGUGA